UGCUCAGGAGCAUGCAGUCCUGCUGGUUUCUCCUCUGUGGACCUUGCAGAAAAAGAAAUCGUGGAUUCUAACUGUCAAAAGAUGAGAAACGACAAAAAUACAUUGAGAGAAAUCAGCGGCUUGUUUUCCCUCCUUUGGUAAGCUAAAGAAUCUGCCACUGCUGUUUGUGAGAGCAUUUUUCAACUUGGUUGGUCAACAUUCAAAGUGUUUGUAAAACCUGAGAGAGGCUCGUGCUUUAUGUCGAGGUACACUCGCACUUCAGUACGUUUUACCAAUAUUUUUUACCAACUAUGUUUUUUUCCAACUAAUACUUUUACCCAAAAGAGCCAGUAAGCAAGAUGAAAGUGAAAAGGACCACGCUGGGCAUGGUUGUCUUCUUUCUGCUCUCUGUGGUCAUGACUUGCUGCUUCAUAUGGCAGUAUAGGAUGCCAAAGCUGAACACAGAAGUGGUUGGAAAACAAGAGGCAGUAGAGGAGAUGUGCCCUCUCUAUCCUGAGCCUGUCCCCCUGGUACAUCCCAUCCCAUCACUGAAAGUGGCCUUAGAAGGGAUAGAUCUACUCCUGAGGUCAAGCAUUCACAACACCAAGCUACCAGCAAUAUCAGCAAUUGUGGUUUUAAAUGACUCUGUUUUGUGGAACGGCAACUUUGGCAAGAAGAACAUAAGUGACCCCUCUUCAUCUGCACCCAAUGAGUACACAGUGUACAGAAUUGCAAGCCUCUCUAAAAUAUUCCCGACACUGAUGCUGUACAAACUGUGGGAGGACGGCCUGGUGGACUCUCUCGACGACCCUUUGGACAAAUACACAGAAAACUUCACCAUUAAGGACCCUCUUUGGAAAGGUGGGGGGCCAGCAUCCUCAUCAGUCAGGACCCUCAGCAGCCACUCUCCUGGACUCACCCUCCGCAGGAUGGCCAGCCAGCUCUCUGGUUUACCCAGAAGAUUAAGGUCAACUAAUCUUCUUUGGAGUGGAGACACAGAAGCAGCCCUUAACUUGUUACAGGAUGAUGUUCUUGUGGCCGAUCCAGGUACCAAAUGCCACUACAGUAAUGUUGCUUUUUCCUUAUUGGCCAAUAUCCUGGCCAAGAGGGUGAACAGCUCAGACUUCGAGAGUUGGGUGUCAGACAACAUUCUCGAGCGUCUCAGCAUGGAGGAUACUGGUUUCAACUUAAAUCCUGCCAUUCAGAGGCAGAUGGCUGUCGGUGUGUACAACAAUGGCAAGCCCGCUCCCCUCUACAACCUUGGCUGGUACCGACCUGCAGGCCAGAUGUAUUCCACAGCAGCGGACAUGGCCAAGCUCAUGAUGGCUCUUCUGGGUGGAUAUGGCGGGACCCUGCUCCGCCAGGACACCCUGAACACGAUGCUGACCCCGCUCUUUCGAUGCCACAGCGGCUACUUUGCCAACUCCACCGGAACACCUUGGGAGAUCAACGAGCAGUUUGGCUAUGAUGUGGUGAGGAAGGAUGGAGACCUGGAUGGUUAUGCUGCCACCCUUUCCUUGGUGCCACGGCUCAAGCUAGGAUUGGUGGUCCUGAUGGCUGGGGUUCGGCCUGCAGACCAGGACCUUGUGAGCCGGGCAUACAGCUAUCUCAUCCCCGCAAUGGAAAGCGCUUUCAGAAAUGCUCGACGAACUCUCAGACCGCCACCCAACCCAGCUCCAUAUGUGGGUUUUUUCACGUACAGGAAUAUGACCUUCUAUGAGAUUAAGGUGGAUUCAGACGCAGUGCUGGUCAUGCAGCAGUUUGGACCACAGGUGGACUCAGGUGUCCCCUCCAAGUACCGAACUAUUCGACUGGAUUACCUACAGGACAGAGUGUUCAGGGUGGUGUUUGAGAGCCCAUACCCUUGCAAGCUGAAGGUUAACAGUGCUUCUGUCUCCCUGGAGGCACAGGACAGACAGCUCUUCAACUUUUACCUCUUUAACAAGAACGGUGUGUCGCCAGGGUUUGAUUCCCCGGGACUCAACACUUACACGGUCACUAGGAUAGCUGGCAGACCAUACUUCACUUCAUGAAUACAGGAGCUCAACCAGCGCGACAGUGUGACUGAGGAUUUCAUCAAAGAUAUGAUAUGGCAAAGGAGUCACUGGUCAAGUGAUGCUCACUUGCAAUUGUAUUUCAUAAUUUAGUCAUAAACAAAAGUGUCCAAAGUCAUCUUUGAACAAGCACAAGCCAACUAAUACUAAUGACAGUACUGUUACAACCUUUCUUUAGACGUGGUUGCUCAGGGGACGAUGAAAAGUAUUCCCCUUCAAACUUCAAGUGCCUACAGUGUGAACUAGAAAGAGGAAAAGCACAACUGAUUGAUAUGUGGAGUGAUCAAAUUUUUUCAAGAUUUAUAUCCACCAUGGAAGUGCGUGAAAGCAAUAAAGAGAAAGGUUACAGAUGCUAUAAAACUAUAAAAUGAAAUGUUUAUUGAGAGUAGACUUUGGAUGCAGUAUUCACACAAAAAAUGUACCGUAUGUGCGUUUAAUAAAGGUUUUGUGUUGGUUUAUUUCCCCACAUUACAUUAUAAACUUAAAUUUGUAAAAUUUACUUAAAUUUCUACUUACAAAGCGAUGUGUACCAUUGGGGUGGUGAGCACGAUGAACAGUCCCCCAUUAGCAGUAAAAAUGUGAAUAAUAAUUGUUUUUAUGGGUACCUUUGGUAAAACUGCAAUAGUAUCAUGUCAUAGACAGCAGAGCUCUGUACCCUCUAAUGAUGACCAUGUACCGUGUGUAAAAUCUCUAGAUGACAUCCUGGCGACUUCCGGGGCAAAACAAUAUGUAAUUGGGAAAAGAACAUUAUUGCCUGGCACUCGGAUGUGCACAAAUCCCCCCUGUUUCAUCAUCUUAUCUUAUAUAUUCCCACUCUAAAGAUGAAGACCUUUGAGUAGCCUUGACUUGUAUGUAUGUCAGUUCUGUCUCCAUGUGUGCAAACUUGAAUAAAUAUCCUGUUUAAUGAUUUUA